AGAACGUACUUCCUCCACUCCCUCUCAUAAACCCUAGCAAACCCCCUCUCUCCCCACCUUUUCCCCGCUUCCUAAUUCUCACCGAAGCCUCCACCGAUCACCGGCCCGCUCUCCGCUGCAUCAAAGCAAUCUCCCGCCUUAAAAAGCAGGUUACACUGUGGAGAGAUUGUACAAAAUAACUGUGCUUGCUGUCGAAGUUCUUGGAGGGUUUUAGUUACUGGCAUUGAGUAUUUGUAAAAGGAUUGGAAAAAGAGAGGGGAAAUGGAAAUAGACUUGGGGAAAGUUCCGUUUACUAUGGAUUUCCAUCCUUCGGAUAAUCUAGUAACUGCUGGCUUGAUCACUGGCGACCUCCACCUAUACCGUUUCAAUGCUGAUUCCUCACCACAAAGAUUGUUGGAAAUUCACGCACAUAGCGAGUCUUGCAGGGCUGCUAGAUUCAUCAAUGAUGGACACGCAAUUAUCACGGGUUCUAGUGAUCGCUCCAUUCUGGCAACAGAUUUAGAAACUGGAUCACCAAUUGCUCGUCUUGAAAAUGCUCAUGAGGAUGCCAUCUUUAGUUUGAUAAACCUCACAGAGUCAACUGUAGCAACUGGGGAUGAUCAAGGAUGUGUUAAGGUAUGGGAUACCAGGCAACACUCUUGUUGCAAUUCUUUUAAUGUCCAUGAUGACUAUGUUUCGGAUAUGACUUUUGCAUCUGAUUCCAUGAAACUGCUAUCAACAAGUGGAGAUGGGACCCUUUCUGUUUGCAACCUUCGCACUAAUAAAAUCCAAUCCCAGUCUGAAUUUUCUGAAGAAGAGCUAUUGUCUGUUGUUAUUAUGAAGAAUGGUCGGAAAGUGAUAUGUGGUUCACAGAAUGGAACACUGCUAUUGUAUUCAUGGGGUUUUUUCAAGGAUUGCAGUGACCGCUUUACUGCUCUUUCCCCAAACUCGAUUGACACUUUGUUGAAGCUUGAUGAAGACAGAGUCAUUACUGGAUCUGAGAAUGGGCUCAUAAGUCUGCUAGGCAUAUUACCCAACAGAGUCAUCCAACCGCUUGCUGAACAUUCAGAGUACCCUAUUGAGUGUCUUGCCUUUUCUCAUGACAGAAAGUAUCUUGGCAGCAUUUCACACGAUCAAGUGUUGAAGAUGUGGGAUUUGGAUGAUUUAUUGCAAAAUUCUGGAAAUGCUCAAAAUGAUCAAGCUCCUGUAUCAGACAGUGAUAGUGAUGCAAUGGAUAUGGAUACUAAACCUCCAAAGUCUAGAAAAGGAGCCAAGAGAAAAAAUGAGCACGCAAAUGAUGCAACAAGCAGCUUUUUUGCAGAUCUAUAGUUGGAUGGUGGUAUUUCUUCAUGCACAUUUGCGAUCGAUGUCAUCUUUGACAUUUCUGUGUUAAUAUAUUAUUUUCUUCAUCCAUGGUGGUCGGGACGAGUUAGCAUGGUUUCACCAGAGAUGGAGCAGGGAUAAUAAUUACUUUGCAGAUGCAAUGUAGAUUUGAGUUUGAUACAUGUUUAUUAUUUAUCCCUUCUAAAGCAUAGGGGGCUUGCAAGUUUUGCUUGAGAUGAUUCCUUUGUAUACCCGUUGGUAUAAUUUAUAAAUUUAUAGGCGCAAGCUCGCUGUUCAUUAAUGAUGGGAUAAUAGGAAAAACAUUUAUCUUUCCUAAAAAAUAGUUCUGACAGUUUACAUGUAUAAACUUUGCUGCAUCUGUUCUGCUUCUAGCUAAUUUAUCCCUUAUUGCUCCUUC